GAUUGCAGCCCGGACAUGAUUUUACACUUUUACAAGGUCUGCUCUGUACUAUAACCAUACUAGUAUACUGUGGCAUUAUACAAAGCUAAAGUAGCACCAGUGCAGCAAGGAUGGCUUACAAUCUCGCAAACUCUCUCUCUCCGAUGAUGUUCCAAAAGACCAAGGGGAGCAAGUCUGACCAGGGAGGGACAAGAAACGAGCGAUGGCGUUCUAAAAGCGUGGAGAAUAUUGCUGAAAUCGACGGUGACUCUCGGGUACAAGUGGACAAACGAUUUUGGCACAAAUCCGGAUCCAAGCAGAAGCAUGUGAAGGAUGUGAAGGACACCUGUGAACGUGUGCAAUGGAGAGAUUUGUCUCGGGUGAAAAGCAUACACCCUGUGGUCACCUGUGUGCUGCCUUCUCUUGCUAUGGACUUUGUAGCGAGUGCCCUACUGGCAGUGGGAGCCACUCCACUCAUCACAGAAGACCCAGAAGACAUACUCAGAGAUUUGGACGUUUGCAAGGCAGUGGUGCUGGAUAUGAGUGCCCCUCAAGUCAUCGUGGAAGCCUUCAUAGCCAACUUUGAGCUGGGGAGCAAGCCCCUCGUCCUGGUCGCCUCAGAGUGUGGUACUAACGAUCGGAAGAAGGAUCUAGCAAUGAGAGUGAUUGAUGAGAGUGGGCCAAAUUUCAUCACUGGAAAGCUGGUUGAUAUAUUCACUCUGUCAGGGGCUCGCAAUGAAAAAUCCAACUCUCAGUUUGGCAGCAGUGAUAGUGAAGAGAAUGGAGAGGGGGCCACUACCAGUCAGACUACCCCUAAAGUGGUGCUCUCCACGGAAAAAAACGAAACAGAACUAUCCAGUCUACCCCCGGCUCUGAGAAGGAGAAUGAAGAUGAGACGAUCCACCAGCCCCAGUGGGAGUCCUGCCGAUAGCCCUAAAACCAGCCCUCCGGAUAGCACUUUCAGCAGCCCAAAGAAUAGCCCUCGAUCGAGUCCCAUUCUCAAGAGGAGGGGCAUUCAGAAACUAAUUAGGAAAAAGCAACGGGCUAAUUCAGAGGGUGCGUUGAAGAGAGUCCCCACAGUCAUACCACGACUACGAAUGAAAGGUCAAUUCAGAGACACCAAGAGCCAUGACAUCAAGCUGGAGGAUGCUCUGGAUGCUGCUCAGAAUCUUGCUGCACACACAACCGCUCUCAUCCACAUCUACGAGGCCAACGUGGUGACAAGUGGAGAGGUGAUUGUCGAGGUGACCAACAACCAGGUGGGGAUGGGAAACCUUCACUCCACCCUUCCCGUGUGUGCGGCCGUCGUCAGUGCUGUGCUGGCCUGUGUCGAAGGUAAUGGAGAUGAUAUAGAGCUCAAGCACUGUGUCCAUGCCUUGGCCCUCUACUAUGUGGCAGCAGAGGAGGGAGCAGCUUGUGCUAGUACCUCUGAGAAGGGAGUCAUCUCCCCCGGAACACUACGAACAAACUUCAUCGAUGCUCUCCAUUACAUGCAGGAGUCGGAGGUCAACGCCAAAGCUGAAGUGUUUGCCCACACAGAAGGCAUAAAGACAGCUUUUAACUAGCCUAUUUCCCGCACGUGUCUAUUAGUGUACCAACAAUUUUUUUAUCCGGUUGGCUAUGUGAUACUAUAUUUUGACCAUACAUUGAAGCUAUUAUUUUGCUCCACCAA